AUGGGCUUCAAUUGGCUCAACCCGCUGCGGAUCUUCCAGGCCGUGCUAUCGCUAGCCGUCCUGAUCUCGGCAGGAGUAUUCGUCUCCGGCGACCGAGAUGGCGCCGGCGAAGGCGCCUUCAUGAUCUUUGUCCCCAUCUUCACCCUCAUCGCACUCGGCUACCUCGUCGGCGCCCCCGGUUUCUUCCCGGCAAUAUUCAACUCCUGGGCCGCGCUGGGGAUCGAAGCGUUAACCUGGGUUCUCUGGCUCGCCGGCUUCGCGGCCCUCGCCUCGAUGCUAAACCGGUACGAAUGCUUCGCAGACGGCACACAGCUGUGCGGCAGCAUCUCGGGCGCGCGCGCCGCCACCGUUCUCGGCGCGUUCACGUGGCUGGCGUUUUCCGUCUCGCUGGGUUACUUCAUCUUUCAGCUUAUACAGGCGCGUCGCGGCAGCGGCGGGGGACUCGGUGGAGGGCUCGAGGCUGGUGGUAUGUUAUCCCUGUCUAAAGGUGGUGAGGAGGGAGAGGAGGAGGAGAAGGAGCAGGCGGCUGAUGCGUGUGACGUAGGACAUCCGAAUGCUCCCACCACUGGCCCGUACGAUCAGAGCGUUAGCAUGGAGCAGCAGCAGCCGCAGUAUGCUCCCCAGCCACAGUACGCGCCCCAGCAGCAGCAGCAGUAUGCGCCUCAGCAGCAGGCACAGUAUUAA